GAAAGGGUGUAUGAUUGGCUCGUUUACACUCCUAGCUCUGUAUCAAGAUUGAAAAUCAUGCUUACUGCAGUCAUCCUUUUUCUCCAAGUUCUAAUCGUGAGCACCAAUCACCAGAUAAUCUCAUGGCGAUGAAUGAUUUUACUACCAAGAGCGGAAAGAGCGGAGUAUCAGGUUGAGUUUUUGCUGCUCUCCACGUGUUUGUUACAUAGCUACUCCCCGCCUGAAUCGGCCAAGAGAUCCUUCGAGUUAUUUACUACAGAAGCAUUGAAUCCGAAUGUCGUGGCGAGUGACGAUUCAGUAGGCAAAAUGAAGUUUUGCCCUUUUUGCGGAUUGCACUUUCAAAACUGCGAACCAUUUCACAUUUGCAAAGUGCAAAACCGAUUCGUAUACUGAAUGGCAUUAAGUAGUGCCCAAAUCCCCAAGAUGUUGAUUCUCUAUUUCAUAACCUUGUGCUUUCAAUGCGAAGAAAGCUCCUCGCAAUCAAGAAUCUCAGCAGCGAUUUCUAUUCAAACAAAUUGAAGUUGUCAUUUUCUCGAAAAUGGCCCCCAUGUACUCGGGGCACAGAAGUGAUCUUCGCCGAGAUCAAGCAAGCACUCAUGGGGUCAAGCAUCAAUACUCAUCAUUUCAAUCAACCAACCAUUCCCCCAUCAACGAUGUUCGUCAAAGACCACAUAAUGUACCCACAACCACUUCAAACACUCAAAUCCACCCACAAAUUCUGAGCCAUGAGGCCCUUAGUCAACACACUAUUCACCAGGCUCAACUCUUCCAAAACCCAUAUCAUACGCACGUUAUCUUACAAAACGAGAUCCGGAGCCUUCAGAAUGGGUUCACUUCCCUUGGUGUCGACGUUCCAUUUGAUCUUUAUCAAAAUGAAAUAGGCGGAUACCACGCCUACAAUGAUAGGAUAGAGAGUACUCCUCCGCAGUAUUUCACUGCCGACAUUUCAUAUAACUCCCAUAGCCAAUUAUACACUCCGAAUUCGAUCCCCACACAACCUCAUCCACUAUCCCACGGAGACUCAACUAAAUAUCUCGCUCCCGCAAGCACAGCCCCACACACUACCCAGCCCAAAGAAGACGAUUGCACAUGGACCGAAAUAAGUCUUGAGUACGAUAACAACGAGCAAGAUGUGAUGGGUUCGAGCAACGAGCUGUAUGGUACAGGAGCUCAGUUCCAAGUAUCUUCACAUGACAUUCCACAAUACUUUGCUUCGGUCUCUCAACUGGAGAUUGAUACAACGCAAGGAUCGCUAUCGCCCACUACCUGAAUUAAAAUAGAACUUCUAAUUGGGAUGCUGCGAUCGAGUAGAAUUGGUUUGGAUCUUGGAAAUGCAAAAGAUGAUAUCCGGGCAACAGGGGAGAUACUCGACGGGCUGGUUCUCUGAGGGCAUGAGCGACCAACGAUUCGGGCUUGGGAUGUUCUCAUAAAACAUAACACAAAAGAGAAUGCAAAUGUGAUGAUAGACAGAUAUAGUAAUGGUAGCAACAAUCCAUCUCCUGACAUCCAAAAUUGCGGCAAAAUCCUGUGGAAUAGAUCGAGUUGUCAUACUUUUGAUAACCA